CACCGCUCGUCGUCCCCCACUCCUCCUCCUCCAUCCUCCAUCCUCCAGCCACCUCGCAGUCGUCGCACGCGCGCCUCCCUCUCCUCCAUAAAGCCCUCGCGCACCCACACGCCCUUGUCGUUUCCAUCCCACCGUUUCAACGGCCCCCCUCCCCUCCAUCCUCCUCCCAACCACGUCGGCGAAGGGUUGAAGCCGAUGGAGGCAAUGGCCAUCAAUCCGUCUCGAGCUUUGUAGCGCGAAUCCUCGUCUCCCGAUGAGCGUUUAGUCAGGCUCCCGUUCGUCGAGUUCGAGGGGGCGAAUCUUUGCUGGGGAAGGGAGCCCCGCCCGCCACCCCCCCAUGCCGUGCGCGCGCGCCGAGGACGCGCUGCCGUCCGCCGCCGUCGAGAUGCCAUCCUCCUCCUCCUCCUCCUCCUCCGCCGCCACCGCACCAGCUGGCUGUCUGAUCCAGAAGGUGACCGCCGGCGGCGGCUGGAGAUCGGGCGGUUCGGGGCGGGCGUUGCAGCGGUCGGCGCAUCCGUCGGCGGAGGAGGACGGCCACGCGCUCGCGCUGGCGGCGAGCUGCGCCAAGGAUGAUAAGAUCAAUGGUACUGGGAAGAGAGAAGAGAGCCAGAGGAGCAGGAUGAGGAAGUACAGGUCUCAGCUGGAGCAGGAAGUCAAGAAAUUACAGAGGCAGCUGGAAGAAGAAAUUGAUUUGCACGUUGCGUUAGCAGAUGCUGUUACUCAAAAUGCUGCACCUGUACUGAAGUCUUCUGUGAAGAUUCCACUCAAGGCACAAGAAUUACUAAUUAACAUAGCCUCCUUGGAAAAUGCGGUAUCGAAGCUUGAAAAGGACUUAAAUGAACUAUAUUACCAGCUUUGUCAUGAAAGGAAUGAAAGGUUACUUGCUGAAAGUAAACCCGGAUGCUUGCCAUCUACAUCCCCGGAUCACUCGUUGUCAACUUGCACGUGCACAUGGGAAGAACACAUAUCGUCAUUGAGAGAUUCGAAGUUUGGAUCUGAGUCAAUGAGGUCAACUCAACAAGAUUUAUACCCUGAGUUUGAAUAUGAGCAAGAUGUAGGAGAAGAUUCUGAAGAGAGACAGAUGAUUUCUCUAAAUAGAUUGUUUGAAAAACACCAGGAUGUUUCUUUGAAUAGACUUCUGGAGAAGCACCGGGAUGAAGAGAUGCAAGAUUCUUGCUCUACGGACAAAGAAGUCGAAGUAGAUGAGAAGAUUGAUACUAUAUCAUUUGAACAGCCCAUACUAAAGAUAACUAGCAUGAAAGCAGGGAACCUUUGGAACAAUUCUAAUCAACUCUCAGAGGAGAUGGUUCGUUGCAUGAGAAACAUUUUCCUCCGUCUAUCUGAAUCCUCGAAGAUGUCACCAAAGGAAUCUUCUGAUUGUUCAUCUUCCUCAGCAGAGCGUCUUUCUGGUUCUACACUGGCAUCCUUCUCAGACUCAUCCAUCAUUCCCUCAAUGCUACGAAGUCCUUCUGUUGAUUCGAAUCACAAUGAUGAGAUGACGACUGAAGUCAAAAAUUUUGAUCCAUACAAAGUUAAUGGGAAGGAAUGCCGAAGAGAUAUUGGAAAUUAUCGUUCAGCAGCUGAAGUAUCUUGGAUGUCUGUUGGAAAGGAGCAACUUGAAUAUGCAUCUGAAGCUCUAAAAAAAUUCAGAUUUCUUGUGGAACAGCUAUCAAAGGUUAACCCUAAUAGUAUGAACUGUGAUGAGCGGCUAGCCUUUUGGAUUAAUUUGUACAAUGCGUUGAUUAUGCAUGCAUAUCUAGCAUAUGGAGUUCCACGAAAUGAUAUCAAACUUUUUUCUCUAAUGCAAAAGGCUUGUUACACAGUUGGUGGUCAAUCCUUCAGUGCUGCUGAGAUAGAAUUUGUGAUUCUAAAGACGAAGACUCCAGUGCACCGGCCCCAACUUUCUUUGAUGCUAGCUCUUAACAAGUUCAAAAUAACUGAGGAGCACAAGAAAUACGCGAUUGAUGGUACAGAACCCCUUGUGUUGUUUGGACUCAGCUGCGGAAUGUUCUCUUCACCUGCUGUGAGGAUCUUCUCUGCAGCAAAUGUCCGUCAGGAGCUUCAGGAAUCUUUGAGGGACUAUGUCCAGGCAUCCAUUGGUAUAAGUGACCGAGGGAAACUUCUAAUCCCAAAGUUAUUGCAGAGCUAUGCAAAGGGGAACGUCGAAGAUUCUAUGCUCGUCGACUGGAUCUGCCAUCACCUUGCACCUGAUCAAGUUGCAAUCAUCCGAGACUCUUCUUCACAGCGGAAGCAGCGGCUUCUUGGAGCGCGCAGUUUCACUGUCGUCGCAUUUGACUCAAAAUUCCGGUAUCUGUUCUUGCCUGACAGCAGUAGCUCCCAGAAACCAGAACCCAAACGAACUUCGUGAGGUUUGCUCAGAAAACACAUGAUAUGAACGGGGUAUACUUGGUCCAAGAACCAUUUUUUUGGCAUACUGGAUAAUGGAGUAGCUAGUUGUAUAUGAUGUAAAUUUUUGGAAGAAGAGUAUAAGAUGCAACCAAGGUUGGAAGCUGCAGGGUUACACAAAGAGGUCCAAUGAGAAUUAUCUUUUGUAAGAUCAGAUUAUCUCGUCAGAAUUGGCGACGAAGGUUCACCUGGAUCUCACUUUGUUCUGUUACUGUCUUUCCAUACUGAAGAUAACCUUUUGUUCUUUCAUUUUCAACAUACCUUUUUUGUUUUUUAGUAUUUUGGUAGAGUUCUUGAUCUUGGUCAAUUGAUUGCAAGUUCUGCUCUAAUACGGCAGAUGUAUAGUUUUUUUUUUUAUCUCUCAUAAUAAUGUGAACACUUUUGUCGCUGCCUGGCUGCUACUGCUGGAAUAAGCAAUCAUUCUGUGAGAUGCAAAUUCAUUGGUUGUUUAUGUUUAUUACUUGCUCUAAUUCUUCACCAUU